UGAAAGGAAUAUUAGACGAUGGAUUCAGGGAGCCGUUCAGAGAGCCACUAAUAGAGGCGCCCUCCGAAGAAGACUAUAUCAGUUUACAUGCUACAGAUCCCAACCCUUAUCUAGAAGAGGAAGAUGAGGGGAGUGUAGUGAGCGAUAUUAUUACAGAUGACCUUGGAACUGCGUAUGAUGAUUUCCAGACAGUGGACUGGCUGAGAGAUCAGGCAAAUGACCGGGCGAGACACAAGCACACGAUGACACAAGGGUUCCUGUACAAGGGUCUAGAUGCAGCGUCUGGGUGGAUGGUGGUGUUUAUUAUAGGAGUGUUGUCAGGCCUGGUAGCUGGUGUGGUGGAGAUUGGGGCUAAGUGGCUUAUAGACGUUAGGGAGGGAUACUGCGGGGAUGGCUGGUUCCUGGACAAAGAGGCCUGUUGUUGGAGCAACUCUACCAUAAUAGCACAGGAUUACUGCUCUAACUGGUUACGUUGGUCCGAGCUAAUAGUGGGGGGAGAUAACAAGGUUAUCAGAUACGCUGUCAAUUAUUUCUGCUACAUUUGCAUAGGAACCUCCUUUGCGAUGCUGACAGUCAUCUUUGUGAUGGUCAUUGCCCCGUAUGCUAGCGGAAGUGGUAUUCCCGAGGUUAAAACUAUACUCAGUGGUUUCAUCAUCAGGGGAUACUUGGGUCUAUCCACUCUGAUGACCAAGUCAGUGGGUCUGGUACUUUGUGUGGCAUCAGGCCUCUCGUUAGGAAAGGAGGGACCCAUGGUGCACGUAGCCUGCUGUAUUGGUAAUGUCUUUGUGAGACUCUUUCCAAAGUUUACAAAGAACGAAGCAAGAAAGAGAGAAGUGCUAUCUGCUGCAGCAGCAGCAGGAGUGUCAGUAGCAUUUGGGGCCCCUCUUGGAGGCGUACUGUUCUCUCUUGAGGAAGUGAGCUACUACUUCCCCCACAAGACUUUGUGGAGGAGCUUCUUCUGCGCCAUGGUUGCGUCUGUAGUGCUGCAGAGCCUUAACCCUUAUAGCACUGGACAAUCCGCUCUAUUCUACAUAGAAUACGACUAUGCCUGGCAUUUCUUCGAGCUUAUCCCAUUUGUAAUCCUGGGCUGUAUUGGAGGGGUACUAGGAGCCCUCUUUAUCAAAUGCAAUAUUUACUGGUGCAUUAAGAGGAAAACAUCUAGACUUGGGCACCACCCCUUUAUUGAAGUAGCGGCGGUGGCUUUAGUAACAGGUAUUAUCAGCUUUGUAAACCCCUUUACAAGGAAGUCUACUUCAGGUUUAAUAAAAGAGUUAUUUGCGGUGUGUGAAUGGGAAGAUAACUCCGAUCUUUGCGACUACAACUCCACUGAGAAGACCACUUAUAACGGGACUGCACAAGCUAGUAACAUAGCGUGGGGGGCUCCUAAUGCGGGCCUCAAGACGGCUAUAUGGGAGCUUAUGAUGGCUGCAAUUGUCAAGUCUGUUAUCACAGUAUUUACCUUCGGUCUAAAGGUGCCUGCAGGAUUGUUUAUUCCCUCGCUAGCAGUAGGUGGCUGUAUUGGUAGAGUUAUGGGUGAGCUAGUGCAGUACAUCACAUAUCUGAAUAGAGACUCUAGCUUCCUACAGAGUAUCUGUCCUGACAUGUCAGUGUGCACCCUAACCGGGCUGUACGCUAUGGUGGGAGCAGCUGCAGUACUUAGUGGUGUCACCAGAAUGACAGUGAGUUUAGUGGUGAUCAUGUUCGAACUGACAGGAGGGAUAACUUACAUAGUCCCUAUCAUGGUGGCAGUAAUGACAGCUAAGUGGGUAGGUGACUUUAUCACACCUAAUGGGAUAUACGACGCUCAUAUCACUAUUAACGGUUACCCCUAUUUGGAUGGUAAGGACCGGUUUAUGCAUACCAGUGUGUGUGAAGAUGUUUGUAAGACUAAGAAAGUAAAGGAGCUGCAGAUGAUAGAUGCUAACACUGUGAUAGUGCAGGAUCUAGAAGUGCUGCUGGAGACGACUACUUACCACGGAUAUCCUAUUGUAGCAGACACGCAACUUAACAUUGUCAUAGGAUAUGUCAGCAGGAAUGAUUUGAUACGCGCUCUCAAAUGUGCACGAGAUAAACACAUUGAUUUGGUGAACGCUAGUAGAGUGUAUUUCUCUGACGGGCUAAUGCGCUCUAAUGCUGGCGGGGGUCCUAUAUCUGUUUCCCUGGGCAAGUUUGUGAACCAUGAUCCUAUCUGCAUAGAGCCUAAAACUCCUCUAGCUCACACUAUAGACAUGUUCACUAAACUAGGCCUCAGUCAGGUCCUGAUUACUCACCGGGGCAAGUUGAAGGGAGUGAUCACCAGAAAAGAUGUUCUCAGACAUAUUGACUAUUUAAAGACAACAGUUAAUGGUCACCAUUUGUUUUAAGUUUUGAUUUAAUUUAAUUUUUAAAGGUUUCAGCCAUUGCUCCUCGUCAGUAUUUUCAAUUCGAAAUUACCUUUAAAAAUGUAUUGUACUUAACGAUGCAAAUUACAUAAUAUUAACUGUCCAUUUAGCUACCCCUGUAGUAACCACCUAGUAACCACCCUGUCCAUUUAGCUACCCCUGUAGUAACCACCUAGUAACCACCCUGUCCAUUUAGCUACCCCUGUAGUAACCACCUAGUAACCACCUAGUAACCACCUAGUAACCACCCUGUCCAUUUAGCUACCCCUGUAGUAACCACCUAGUAACCACCUAGUAACCACCUAGUAUCCACCCUGUCCAUUUAGCUACCCCUGUAGUAACCACCUAGUAACCACCUAGUAACCACCCUGUCCAUUAAGCUACCCCUGUAGUAACCACCUAGUAACCACCUAGUAACCACCCUGUCCAUUUAGCUACCCCUGUAGUAACCACCUAGUAACCACCUAGUAACCACCCUGUCCAUUUAGCUACCCCUGUAGUAACCACCUAGUAACCACCUAGUAACCACCUAGUAACCACCCUGUCCAUUUAGCUACCCCUGUAGUAACCACCUAGCCUAGUAACCACCUAGUAACCACCUAGUAACCACCCUGUCCAUUUAGCUACCCCUGUAGUAACCACCUAGUAACCACCUAGUAACCACCUAGUAACCACCUAGCAACCACCUAGUAACCACCCUGUCCAUUUAGCUACCCCUGUAGUAACCACCUAGUAACCACCUAGUAACCACCUAGUAACCACCUAGUAACCACCCUGUCCAUUUAGCUACCCCUGUAGUAACCACCUAGUAACCACCUAGUAACCACCUAGUAACCACCUAGUAACCACCCUGUCCAUUUAGCUACCCCUGUAGUAACCACCUAGUAACCACCUAGUAACCACCUAGUAACCACCUAGUAACCACCCUGUCCAUUUAGCUACCCCUGUAGUAACCACCUAGUAACCACCUAGUAACCACCUAGUAACCACCUAGCAACCACCUAGUAACCACCCUGUCCAUUUAGCUACCCCUGUAGUAAAGAGUGUCAGGAGUUCUUCAAUUAGACCAUUUGAAGAUAUUCCAGUUUAUAAUGUGUAUAUUUUUAAUGUUACUGCAUGAUAUUUUGCUGCAUUUUGUUAGAAUUCGUUAAUUAAACGUUUUUGUAUUUUUUUGUUAUGUUUGUUUUGAUUUAUUGCUGAUUCGCCAAAUUAAAGCUGUUCAUGAAUUUUCUAUAAUUUCGGCGUCUAAAAAAAUUAUAAAUAUGUUAAAAUAUUCGGUGUCCACGUGCAAUGUACAAAUACUGACUAUCUUAUUGUUCUUAGUGCAUUGAUUUCCUUUCUUCUUGAGUUGUACCUACCACUUUAUAGGUAAACUUUUUAAGGCCUGGGUAUAAACAGAUAAUUAUACUU